AUGCGGCUAUCGUCGUCCGCAGUCUGUGUCCCCCAGGCGAGCAGUCUGUCGGGGCGCAGGAGUGGUUCGAGUGCUCCCCGCACCCCGCUGAACGCCCGUGGUUCGGCGGCCUUGCAGCAAGGUGACGUUGCCGCGCUCCGCAACAGGCUCGUCUCGGGCGCGGCGGAGACGUCUGGUCUCGAGGCUGAGCGGGUCCCGGUUGCCAAGCGGGAGGGAUCGGGCCUCGUUUAUGCUGCUCAACAGCCUGAGGACUUGGGACGAGUGACCACCGGAACGGCCGUGCGAAGCCCCGACGGCGCCUUCGACAUCCUGCGGCCGGGUCUACCUGGCGCAAGCCACGAUGUGGACGACGUGCGCCGCUUUCUACAGGAGGCCUUGCUGUACGUCGACGGCGGCCCAGCGGGCGCCGGGACCGAGUUAAUGGCGGCGGGGUCGCCGACGCAGGCGGACCCCACCCCGGGGCGCGCCGGCGGGGGCGGCGACGAGCCCCCGGACGGCCGCAAGCGCUCGCCGGACUACUUUGCCAACGUGGGCGACGCCAUCCGGACGCUGCGCGAGGACAUCCCGGUGCUGUUCGACCGCGAGCUGGACUACGACAUCUACCGCGACGACGUGGUGUUCCGGGACCCGCGGAACUGCUUCAAGGGCAUGGACAACUACAAGCUCAUCUUUUGGUCCCUGCGCUUCCACGGGCGGAUCUUCUUCCGGCAGGUCUACGUCGAGGUGAAGCGCAUCUGGUCGCCGCAGGAGGGCGUGAUCAACAUGCGCUGGCGCGUGCACGCCACCCCGCGCGGCCUCCAGCGCGAGGGCACCUUUGACGGCGUCUCGCAGUACAAGCUCGACUCCAAGGGGAAGAUCUACGAGCACUACGUGGACAACGUCGUGCUCCGCGACCCCCCCACCGCGUUCAGCAUCCCCGUCUUCAACCUCAACCUCACGCCCAAGACCGUCCAGAGCCCCGGCGGAGGCAUCCCCACCUAG